GCCGGACCGUCCCGCCGCCCAGGGAGAAGAGGCCCCACAGCCUCUCGGCCUCGCGCCCCUGGCCUCCCCGGUGCCCGCCUCCCCCUGGGAUGGGCCCCGCCGCCCCCACCAGCUCCGGCCGGGCCCUGCUCCGGGCACAGGGGGGCGGGCAAGGAGGGCCGUGAGGGCCCUGCCCCGAGCCCGGCCGCCCGCUCCGAGGAUGAGCGGUGACGUCCUCUAGCCGGGCCCAGCAGCGCGCUUCCCAGGGACAGGACCGCGCCGCUGCCAGCGAUGACUGUCCAGAAGCUGGUGGCCGCGGCCGUGCUGGUGGCCCUGGCCUCUCUCAUCCUGAACAACGCGGCGGCCUUCACCCCCCGCUGGGUGCUCCAGACGCUGGAGGACGGGCGCCGGCGCAGUGUGGGGCUGUGGCGGGCCUGUUGGCUGGCGGACAGGGCGCGGGCAGGCCUGAGGCCCGGGCAGGACUGCGAGACCCUGGGCUGGGGCUCCGACUCGGCGGGCUUCCAGGAGUCGCGCGGCACCGUCAAGCUGCAGUUCGACAUGAUGCGGGCCUGCAACCUGGUGGCCACGGCGGCGCUGGCCGCGGGCCAGCUCACCUUCGUCCUGGGGCUGGCAGGCCUGCCCCUGAUGUCGCCCGAGUCCCAGUGCUGGGAAGAGGCCAUGGCUGCUGCGUUCCAGCUGGCGAGUUUCGUCCUGGUCAUCGGACUGGUGACCUUCUACAGAGUCGGCCCCUACACCAGCCUGUCCUGGUCCUGCCACCUGGACAUCGGCGCCUGCCUCCUGGCCACGCUGGCGGCGGCCAUGCUCAUCUGGAACAUUCUCCACCGGCGGGAGGACUGCAUGGCGCCACGCGUGAUCGUCAUCAGCCGGGCCCUGACGGCGCGCCUGCGCCGGGGGCUGGACAACGAGUACGCCGAGUCGCCGUGCUGAGGGCCGGGCGCCAGGGCCGGGUACGGCCACGGUGGCGGACGGUCUAGAAGCUUACGGGCUCGCGCCUUCCCGUCGGGCAGAGGCAGCCGGGCACACCUGUCCCACGCAGGUGUGUUGCCUGCCACACGCCCCGUCACAGGCCUGUGGCGUCCACGGCCUCCGUGCCAGUCCGUUCCACGCGGCAGUCAAGGCCGGGGCGCGGACAGCGGGAGGCCCUCCGGACACUGCGCGUUCACAAGCAGAGGGUCACGGCUUCGCCUGGGCUUUGUAAUGUCUCUCCUGCGCCUCCGGCUACGAUCUCUAAGUUAUAAUAAAGCGCAAGCCUUGCUGUUGCCUCCGCCUCAGUCUGGCCAUACCGGGCCCUGCAGGCAGGGGAACCAAUCUACCCUGUCCUCUGGGGGGCGGC